UAUGAAAGGAUAUUAUUAGGAAAAAAUUGUCAUCCUUCUGCCAUUGGGUCGUAUUGAUAAAUUAUUUAAUUGAUUAAAUAAAAACAGCAAAUGCUAGAGUCAAACGAAUUAUUAUUAUUUAAAUGAAUAUCAAAUAUAAAAUCAACUUUACUGCAGUAACGUACGUCAGAUAUGCAUAAACACAUAAACUACAAUACUGUUUGGCCUAAAGGUAUCAAACCAACUUUAAAUUACUUAGUAUUAUUCUCUAUCAUGCACAAGGCUUGUUUUUUAGAUUCUUCUAGGCCCCUAGAAUGGUGAUGUUUACAGCUUUGGAAAUAGAAGUAAAUUUCAGACUUAAUAUUUCACUUAUAUUGACAUAUUUUAUAUACGGUAUCCGAGAUUCCUUCCCCUUUAGAAAACUCAUCAGCAAGCCAGUUUAUGGUCAUAGCCAUAUUUAUUACCACAGUAAUAUGGUUUACAUGUAGCUUAUUAAAUUACCAUUACACACUUAACGUCAGAUUGCUAGAGGUAAUAGUCUCUUCCUAAUUUUCAUUUCAGAAAAUGUAUGCGUAUCCUGUUUUUCAACGGCAAUCGGCAACAUCAAGCCGACUCCUCAUGGCACCAUCAGCAGAGGCAAAGCGCCUAGAAAAGCUUGAGUCCGGAAGGGCCAAAAGUAAAGAGGAGGUGCUGGCAGAGGCUAGAGCUUUUGUCAGCACAAAUGGUGGAGACCCCAGUGACCAGUUUUUAGUUCUCGCUCACUGCAAACUUCAGUUUGGGAAGUACCAGGGCCAGCGAUUUAGAUGGCUCCUGGAAAACUCUCUGGGGUAUGCAGUGUAUUUGGUGCUUAGCAGUUCCAGUGAGAAAGCCCAUCCAAACCCGCUGUCAGAAAACAAACAGCUGUACCUGCAGUAUACUUCUCUUAUAAGAGAGAUGGCAGAAGAAGUGGAGAAGUAUAAGAGAAAGCAGGAAAUGCAAGCAGAAGCCCAUGCAACUGGAGACCAAGGCUGCUUGAUGGUGGAGUUUGGUGACUUCCAGGGCCGGUCCAUGAAGGAUGUUUAUGAGGACCAGAGCAAGCAGGCCCAAGCCCUCAUCAGGUACCUGAUAAAGGCAAAUCCCAACCCCAACACCAACAUGGCCAUUUUCAAGACGUAUGUCUUGAAAAGACAGGCUUCUGCUGUGGGCACCCGUGUAUGCCAGCCUGCACCUCAAGUUGCAUCCUCCAGUGCCUCUGCACCUCCACCUGCAACCUCCAGUUCCUCUGUACAUCCACGUGCAACCUCCAGUGCCUCUGCACCUCCACCUGCAACCCCCAGUUCUUCUGUACCUCCACCCGCAGCCAUCAAAACUGGUGUACACCAGAGCGCCACUGUGAAAGCACUGUUGACGCGUGGCAAACAUUUGUCUCCUUCACACCUGGCGAGAAAACUCAUGUCACCAGUGAAACACUAUCCAUUGCUGCAGUCCACUUUACCUCCUCCAGCAGCAGAACCCCCAGUCACACAUUUGACCCGAAGGCAGCUUUUCACUACUGGCACUUCCGUUUCCCCUGCUGAAGAUGAUGAUGAUGAGGAACUGGUAUUUGCUGCAUCACAAUGUGAAGCACAGCUAAAUACAGAGACCUGUUCUGGUCCGUCUCCAUCAGCGGAAACAGCAAAAGCACCAGGUCUUCCACAUCAUCCACCACCAGCUGAGCUUCCAGUUCACUGGAAAGAUCAUCUUCCACCUUUCCAGCAUGAGUGGAUACGGAACACACUAUUUAAGGCCAACCCGCGAACCGGCAAGCCAGAACUAGUGUCCCAACUGAAGCUUUGGUGGUAUCCUCCUCAGGUCCCUUUAAUUCACACUCAGCCGCCCGCCUCACCUGACCUCUUCUUCUGUCGGCCCCUUUUCUUAUGGAUGCCGCUCAAGAUGUGGCGAUUUCCUCUUGUCUGUGUUCGACCAGACUGUGAUAAGCACAAACUAACAGCCGCAGGACUUUACCGUACCGUGCGCAAAGUCUUGGACAUCGACGGUUGGUAUGAUCUUGCCACUGAGUAUCUGGAGUGCAAACGCUGCAAAAAGAAAUAUCCCGCCUGGUCCGAGGACAUUUUGGGGCAACUGGAUAUGGGCCACCGCAGUCAGUUUCCAGCUUUGCUGACAUACAGAUACUCAUGUGACAACCGGGUGCUGAGGAUGAUGAGGGAGAGGACACAGGGCAACAGCGUGACACAGCUGUACAAGAAGCUCAUGGAACAACACAGUGAGGCAUGGACACAGCGUGUCCUUCAGUACCUGACUGCCUGUGAACCAUUUACAAGGUCCUUCCUUGUGCAGCCACCUGUGUUUGCCGAGCCUCCCUCUUUACCUGCCCUACCUAAACCUAAGUGGCUGUUAGCCGUGUACGCCAGGGAUGUUCUGGGCCGACUGCACGAGGUCAAAGCCAAAAUUACAUCUGUCUUGGGCUGUGUUCUAAAGAUGGACUCCACAAAGAAGGUCACAAAGAAACUUGCCGGUGCUGCUGCAGGAACAGCUGCCUGGUGCACAAAUGUAGGAAACGAACACGGCCAAGUCCUUGUCUCUGUGCUGACAGCCGCAGAGGGACAUGGACUGCACCCUAUGGCAGCUGGCCUAAUGAAACGCUACCGGGAGGCAGGAGAGGCAGCCCCGAAAGUGAUGUACGUGGACAGAGAUUGCUGCAGUCUUCAUGGCAAGUCUCAGGUGAAGGUCAUGUUUUCGGAGUGGGAUGAGCUUGAAGUGCGCCUUGACAUCUGGCAUUUCAUGCGGCGAUUUGCUGCAGGUGUCACGACAGAGGCUCAUCCGCUCUACGGGACCUUCAUGGCACGUCUGUCCAUGUGCAUCUUUCAGUGGGAUUCAGAUGAUGUGGCUGCUCUUCACCGUGCAAAGGAGGGUGAGCUGGCAGCAAAGAAGGCCGGCCACAUCUCAGGAAAGGCGCUGAGUUCCCGCAUUACCCGGAGAGAGUUGGCACUGCACUGCCGGAGGAGGACCAGGGGUGUGGAGGAGACCACCAGAUUAAUUGGAUCUCUGGUUGAUCUGUUUGACAGUGCGAGUGGUAAAGACACUCUGGGAGUUCCUCUGCUGGACCAUGAACGGAUCCAGCAGAUAUGGAAAGAACAGCGGAAGCACGUACAGUGUAUCCAAGACCCAGAGAACUUUCCCCUCUACAUGAAGACAGGGACACUGAAGAAAGGCAGUGUGGAGCUGUGCUGCUACAGAUGUGCCCGUGGCUCUACCUCUUUGGAGUCAUUCCACCUCCACCUAAACCGUUUUAUUCCAGGAACCAGUGCCAGUGAUUCACAUUUUCAGGCCUAUCUUCUUGAGGGCUUGAUGCGCUGGAAUGAUGACAGGAUGGAAGAUGCCAUAAAAGGAGCGUCCUCCAUCCGGACAUAUGGCAGUGCCAUGAAAGAGGCUGUGGACAAGCUUUCCCGAACUGUCUUCGGAAAGCCCUGGGAUGAGCGCUAUCGCCCUCCUGGAGCAUAUACAGGUGAAUUGCUAGGAAUGGAGUACCUUUACAGCCAGACUGGCAAAACACUUACUCCAGUGCUCCAGAACCCAGAGGAGGAAGACAGGCUGGUGGAGGAAGUUGAUGAUCAGGACCUGCAAGAUGAGGGGUUUGAGGAAGAGAUCAUGGAGGACAUCACAGUUCCAGUGCUGUAUGAGGAUGACCCUUGCCGUGAUCUUGAAAACAGCCCCUCAUCUUUGCCUCUGCAUCAGUCCCCAGCAUCGAUGGCUGAUGUGUCACUGGCUGAGCCGUCCACAUCAUCAUCUCCUGGUGGAGAACAACAGCAUCUUGCCCCUGCCCCUUCAGUACUGUCACAGUCAUCUGACACUGGAAGCAGUAUUUCCGACGAGGCUCAGGGAGCAGUCAUUGGACCCGAUGGCAUCGCUGGGUGGGACAAGGUCCAGGAUUUGGCUGGUUACCUGGUGGGUCUUCGUGAGGCUCCUUACCUUACUGACCAGCAGGUGACAGAGGCCAUCCAGCUGUGGACAGCUCUCCUAGAUUUCGAUAAGCAGCGGAUCAACUAUCAGCCUCGACAUCAGCCUCAGCUGACACAGGGGCGCUAUAAGGCACCGAAGCGGUCUGGAGUCACACCAGGUGUGGAGAGUGUGAAACGGUGUCUGAUUGGACAUCCUGGGGGUCCAGCGCAGUGGCCCGACGCCAACCGAUUGGUUAAUACCAUUUGUAUGAAGUUGUGUGCUUUACACAAGUCGCCAACCAAGAAAGAUGGAGUUUGCACCCCCAGGUGGUCUAAAGUUCUUUCAGAUUACCACCACAUCCGAGAGUUGGUGCUUAACAAUCCCACUCUGAUGGAUGAAACAACGAUCCAGCUGUUUGAGAUAAACCAUAGGACACUCACUCAGUGGUUUCGUAAGUGGAAGAAUAGACAGGAAAUGGGCGUCCUCGGUCAGGGUCUGACUCCAUCUAACCCAAUUGCUGUGGCUGAUACGCACCUGCCUCCACCGAGGGAAAAAUUGAAUGAAGUGCCAUCGACAUCAGGCCCAAAACAUCAAUUUUUCCUUCCACCAAAUCGUGAAGGACAGGCUCCUCUUCUGCGACCAGGUCGAAAGCCAGCUGCUGCCACCAGGGAGUUUCCCAUUGCAUCCGCCCCCACAGCAUCAGGAGUUGUGCAGCCCAUCGCACCUGCCCCCACAGCAUCAGGAGUUAUGCAGCACAUUUUAGCACCCAUCGCACCCGCCCCCACAGCAUCAGGAGUUGUGAAGCACAUUUUAGCACCGGGGUUGUCGUUUGGCACGGUAGUCUUUAAUCCAGACAUGACUGUGUCAGUGGUGAUUCCACCUUCUGGUGCUUCGACAUCCAGUGCAGUCCCAGCUCCGCCUGCUCCGGCGUCUGCUGCACCUGUGUCCCGUUACACGCAAAGGAACAGGCGCCGACGGGCUAUGGAGAAUGAAAGUGGUGUCCAGAAGAGGAAGUAUGUGCGAGGGGUUACUUUUAACACGUGCAGCAAAUGUGGGCAGCCCAAAACGAAAGAGUUUGGCCAUAGCCGAUAUGGUAAUGCCACAUUUUGCUUGCGUGCCUCAAAUGGCAAAUCUUUAGAGGAAUGGUUGGCAGAGCAGCGCCAGCAAGAAACAUGUCAAACUCCACCACCUCAAUAAAUAACAUCUUUCCUGUAUAUAUUGUACAUAUGUGUGCGUGUGUGUGCUGUGAUCAUUUCAAUA